AUGGCCGCUAUCCAGCUUAACUUUACUCUUCGCACUUCCUCCAACUGCAAGACCGUGCACUUGCUCGGCUCAUGGGACGGCUACCAAGGACAACUCCCGCUCUCAAAGGACCCCAAGAAGUCUGGAGGCUGGGUCGGAUGCUUCAAGUUCCAAGGACAGACUUUGAAGCAGGGACAGCGCUACUGGUACUACUACAUUAUUGACGGCUACCACGUCUCGCACGACCCCGCUAAGGACCACACCACCGAGCCCACCACCGGUCGCAAGCUAAACAUCAUCGACAUCCCCGCCGCCAAGUCGAGCUCAAAGACAACCACAUCCAGCUCAGACCGCAAGUCACGCCGCGUCUCGACCGCCACCAUCCCCAAGGGCCGUGGCCUCAGCCCCGAACGCAUCGUCGCCCCCAAGCCCCAGCGCCCGCACGAGACCCGCCAAGUCAUCAACACGCAGUACGACAAGACCACACUCGAGGCCCUCAACGCCCGCUUCGCCAAGCAAACCAUCGAAGAGUCGUCAGAUGACUCCGAAUACGACUCCGAUGAGAGCUCAGACGUUCCCUCGCUCACCAGCCGCUCCACAAACAGCUCUAGCCCGUCCAGUGUUAGCUCUGGUAGCUCAUGCUGCACGUGCGAACGCUACGGCAUCACCCGCGCUGGUGACCGCGUCAAGCUUGACUGCGGCGGUGCUCGAUGUGGUUACUCGGAUGACUCUUCUGACUGCUCUUCUGAGGACGAGUACGUCUACGAGGAGAAGACUACCCGCCGCCAGGGUGUAGUCAUCCGCUCUUAAGUGCUUCCAUCAAACAACUUCUGGAUAAAACCAUUGCCCAUGCUGUCGUCGUCGAAAUUCAGUACCCUACGAUGACGACACCGCGGACCCUUCUUCAACACCCCUCUUUCUUCUGUGCAUAUUAUGAUUACGAAUCUUCUUUUCUUCCUUCUUUGUUCCUUCUUUAUCAAUCAAACCCACUCUUUGGAUCUCUAACGACAACUCAAGUUUAUUUAUUGCUGCUGGUUUAUGGGAAGCUGCCCACACGAGUUUCUUUCAAGUUUAGUUUUUUUUUCAACGCAUCUUCCGUGGCUUUGUUGCCCCCUGAGAUAUGGGGGUGGCGUCAUGGAUGGCGGGGCAUUUGCGACGAAAAGAUGAGGACUUUUGAAAUGGUCUUUGUCUUUUGAUCAACUACGGUUUGAGGGGGAGGACCCUCGGACUUGUGCGCCAAGGCACGCUUCAUGUAGAGAUAUCUAUGUAGUCAAUGAUAUGGAUUUGCAUGGGCUCGUGCUCAAGGAAA